UCCAUAGCUACCCCAUCAGAGGUGAUUGCGUCCUUAGUUACCAAACAUUUAGCGGAAAAGUCUUUGACUGUAGUUAGUUAUUUAAUUGUUACAAAUACACCCUUGUAACUUUAGCAUUGAAGCGCUGCUAAAAACACACAUUAUGGAAAUCACCAGAGGCACUUUAGAUGACAUUUCCCGACCUGCGUCGAGCGAGCAAACAGCUAGCCGCGUGUCCAGCGUAUCAUUACCUCAAAGUGACAGAAUUUGUCCCACAGCUCCAUUUUCCCUUGUUGUUUUGCCCAGCGAUGCUCCUGAUGCUCAGAUUCCGAACAGCUCUGAAGAGACUACAGUCCACUCAUCAGUCACAUGUCCUGGCAAAGAUCAGUCUCACGUUGAUGCUUCCGAGGGACAGAAUGAACAUUUUAAACUGCAGAGAGCUAUUGAAGGAAUUAAAAGACUCGAUGAGAUACUGUCUGCAAAAAUCUUCAAACUAAAAGAAGUCCGGCGACAAAGAAAGGAGUUUCAAGCAAAACUCUGGCAAGAGUUCAAGCAGAAUAAACCUGAAGGUCACUCUGGAUGUGCUCAGGAAGCUUUGAACACAAGGUUGUUUUUGGCUUUGGAAGUACCCGAAGGAACAGAUGAGGACAACAACGUUAUACCUGUGUUUGACACUCAGAUUCCUGAACAUGAGCAGAAUGGAAACAACCAGCACUUGGAGCCAAGUAAAAAGAGGCCAGACAGCUUGAUCAGAUCAUUUGAAGGAGAUUAUGAAGACACUAGGGAAGACCAAUUUGAACGCAGCCACUCUGGAGAUUCCAAAGGCAUGAAUAAACAGAAGGACUUUGUCAAGAAAAACAUUGAGCUUGUAAAUGCCGGAGGAGGUGAAGUGCUUUUGACCCAGGCAGAGAAAAGGCGUCUGGCUGAGCUCCUCCGAGAAAUAGAUGAAGAGGAAGACGACACUGCCAGAGGCGCAGACAGCAAGGAGACCAUGUGGGCCGUGUCUGUCCCCACAGUCCAGGGUUACACCCCGGAGCCCUCUGACCUGGAGCAGCUGAUUGACAUUGACUCCAAAAUUGGCCUUCUCCUUCCUGUGGAAGAAUUUCACUCUGUGCACAGCUCAUACACCAACUUAACCAUGUCACAGGGCCUUGGCUCGGAGCUUAGUUGGAAGUGCGAUGGGGACCCGCAGCCAGGAGAGAAGGUCCUGCAGGAUAUAAAGGAGAGGAGAGGGCAGGAGAGGCGGCUCCAAGAGAUCCAACGGCAGCUGGAGCUCCUGGGUCAAAGCCAAGAGAUGACUAAUGAGUCUCCGGACCUGACUGAGGAACAGUUGCUUUGCCUGAUGGAUGGAUGUGAGCUGGCAGAAAGUUGGAGCCAGGACCUUGAAAUGAAUGACUCAACAUAAAGACCUGAAAAAAAGAUUGACUGCUACCAGAUUAGGGAUGGGUA